CGAUGAGCGGCAGUAGAGUGCCAAUUGCUAACCACAUCGAUCAGACACUCUUAAAUAAAAACCCUAGUAUCUUAGAUCACGUUAAUCAAUCAUUUGAAUACGACUACGAUGCUAUAACACUCCCAUUCACAAAAUCCAGCUGGAAGGAUCGUUGGCAGAGAUAUUGUGUUGCUAAUGAGGAAGAUGUAAAGAAGGGCAGGGCAAGGGCUAGCUAUAUAGCAGGUCAAUCUGAAAAUGUGGUACAGGAUAGACAAAUAGCUAAGGAAGCUGAAAUCUGGAGAUUGACACGCGUAUAUGAAAGGAAAGAAGUAAAUGUUUCAAAGUUAGACGAAUGUGAAUCUAUUAUAGCGUUCGCCUCAGAUUGGCUUGAACUGGACUCCCCAGAUGAAGGAAUCAGAUUUGAUUCAGAAAUCGCACUAAAGCAAGAAGUCGCAUAUGCAUCCUAUCUCAGCAUACAUACACUCAUACUUCCACCCCCAAGAAAUCGGAAGUUUAUUUCUGACUAUGCAAGAUCAGUUAUGGCAGCUUUAGAUAGUUCAACUUACUUGCAAAUCUCUGUUAUGAUACCCGUCUCAGAUCCGACCGAACGCGCUUCUGAAGAUAAGAUUGAUCCCUCAUCUACCUGGGAAGUAUGGGAUGGCAUACGCACUCUUUGUGACUAUUCACCAAGACUAGGAGUAGCCUUAGAUCUUACACAACCACUCCCACCACCUUCGGCAAUCAAAAGGUGGGCUAGUGAACCAACAAGGCAGAUUAUUAUACCAGCAAAUGUCUUCGUUGGUAACGCGAAAGGUUACCCUGUCCUUUCGAAGCCAUGUCAAGAAUUUAUCAAAGAUCAAAUCAAGACUCUUCCAAUGAUAAUACUUACGCAUACAUAUGACAAAAUACAUUCUUCCGGAGGUAGCAAAGCAUACGUACAGUAUCUGCGGUUUAUGGAGAAGUUAUCCAACGAUCGCGCAACCUCAGUUGAACAAUUUGCUAGCGGUUAUAUGGAUUGGCUACAGGCUCCUCUCCAGCCCCUUCUGGAUAAUCUGGAUAGUACAACAUACGAAAUUUUUGAGAAGGAUCCGGUAAAAUAUCAAAAAUAUGAGCAAGCUACAUAUCUCGCAUUACUUGAUAAAGAACCAAACUCAUUGACUAGGCUUGCUGUUGUGGGUGCCGGACGUGGGCCGCUAGUACAAGGCGCUAUCAAUGCAGUAGAUGCUGCAGGUGACGGUAGGAAAAUACACAUUAUGGCAAUAGAGAAGAAUCCAAAUGCAUGCGUUACCUUGCAAAGCAGGCUUGAUGAAUGGAACGAUAGCAAAAGUGCUACAGUUGAACUAGUCUACGGUGAUAUGCGUAUAAUCGAACUCGAAGAUGAGAGGAAAAAUGACAUCCUAAUUUCUGAGCUACUUGGUAGCUUUGGUGAUAAUGAGCUAUCUCCCGAAUGUCUUGAUGGUGCCAUGCGGUUACUGAAACCCUAUGGAGUGUCCAUACCAUCCUACUAUACUUCUUACAUUGCACCAUUAUCAUCUAGCAAACUCUACAAUGAGGUUAUGCACAUGGGAGAAGCUAAAAGUGCGGAAAUGCCUUACGUUGUUAUGUUCCAAGCUGUUAACAUACUCAGUGGGAUGAAUGAAGAAGCAGAGCUCAAGCCAAUUCAGCAAUGUUGGUCUUUCAAGCAUCCAUCAAAGUAUGAAUUUGUAAUGGACAGGAAUGGCAAUCCAAUGUCAAAUUAUCACAACACGAGAGCAGCUCAUUUGACUUUCAGUAUACCACAUGCAGGUGUAUUACACGGUUUAGCGGGCUAUUUCGAAGCACAUUUAUACGGAAACGUGUGGUUGUCUACUCACCCAGAACGAUAUGAUCAAAAAAUGUUAAGUUGGUUCCCAAUAUAUUUCCCAAUUAAUAUGGGCGUUUACCUGCCCACUAAAAGUGAAGUGGACGUACAUAUAUGGCGUCUCACUGAUAAUAAAAAAGUCUGGUUUGAAUGGUCUGUCGAGGUCUUUGUCAAUAUCGACGGUCAGAGAGUAAAAAUAAAUCAAACAAAGUUGCACAACCAUGAUGCUAAAUACAAUAGGAUUGAAUUGUAAUUAAUUAAUUAGAUUAUAUAAU